AUGACGGGCCCUGUACACAACAGCGCCGUGUUCAUCAUGGGACACGAGCAACAUGCCCCUGUUGUUCCUCCUCUCUCACCUCCGUCCCCCGUCACACCCAGCAACGGCCCCGACCUGUGCAUGCCGAUCGAAGAGCUUAGUCUGGAUAACGAUGUCGUCGUUGCUGGCCCGUCCUCGCCUCCUCUCCCGGAAACACCGUCCACCCCGAGAACCCCCGAGUUCGACGAUCAAUCCUCCUCCUCAGAGCUUUUCGAUGACAGGCUCGCCAGUGCAAUUCACGUGCUGAACACCGAAGCUACCUCUCUCGCCUCCCUCACUCACCUCUAUUCCAGUGAUCCUGUGGCCCGGGUCGCAUUCAAUUCUGCAGUCGACAUCAUCACUUCCCGGCAGAGAGGGGCGUCACGUGGCAAGCUCGUGAUCAUCGGCGUCGGCAAAUCCGGCCACAUCGCGCGCAAACUCGUCGCAACAUUCAACUCCCUCUCCAUUCACGCCUCCUUCCUGCAUCCUACCGAGGCUCUCCAUGGCGACCUCGGCCACAUCGGCGCCGACGACACCCUCAUGCUCAUCACCUUCUCCGGCAAGACGCCCGAGCUCAGCCUGCUCAUGCCGCACCUGGACGCACGGCUACCCCUGGUCGUCUUGACUGGAAAGACUCUUGAUGCUCCGGUGGUGCUCGAGAGAGAGAAGCAGGCCUCCGGGGCAACAGUCCUGCUGCCCGCGCCGAUUCAUGAGAGCGAGACCGUGAGCUUCGGCGUCUCCGCUCCCACCACCAGCACCACCAUGGCGCUGGCUGUUGGCGACGCGCUGGCUCUCACGUGCGCCCGGGAGCUCAAUCCCAUGGCUGGCGGUGUGGCCGCCAUAUUCGGUAGCAAUCACCCCGGCGGCGCUAUUGGCGCGACGUACAAGAAGCCCCAGACCGUCAGGGACGUUAUGGUCCCCUUGGCAGACAUCACUUGCCUGUCAGGGUCACAAGUCCAGGUGGGCGGGGACGUCCUGAAGGCGGCCUACGUUUGCAAGACCGGCUGGCUGCGCGUGGGCGAGGACGCCGUCGUCAGCCCCUGCAGGAUACGCCGGAUGAGCUCUGCGGAGCUGGCCAUGAGCGUCGCGCAGAUGCCGUGGCUGGCCGUCCCGCGGGCGGCCUUCAUUUCACUCGGCGCGGCGACGCAGCUCAAGGACGCUGGAGAGUGGCUUCGCGCGAACAUGCAGAAGCCGCGCGACUUGAUUGAGGACGAGGAUGUCUGCAACCCGGAGUCUAUCGUCGCGGUGCUGGAUGAGGGCGAAAUCGUGGGUGUGAUGGAGGCGUCUGCUGUUCUGGAAGCGGCCCUCUGA